AAAGAACAGGGGCGCGUUAUAAACGGUGUGUGGUUGUUCAGUGCGUGUCAGUGAAUGAAACCGGAUGUUUGGAGCCAAAAGUGGGAUGCAGACUCGACAGAGCUGUGAAACUGAGGGAGACGCUUUAAGGCGGAGUGGAUCAGAGCUCCGGCCGCAUUUAACCCCUGAGUUCAGGCCAGUGGCCGACCAGCGGCGCUGUUGAGAUGUUUCAAGGCUUUUAGUAAAAUUGACACACUUCUCACAAACUUCUUCUCUGAUUCAGUCACGCCGCCGAAAUGUGAGGUCAAACACACCGAGGAGGGUUGGACACAAGACGAACCGAUCCAGCGACCAGCAGGUGCUCAGGAUGGCUCAGCAGCUAAACAACGGAGAAGGGAGCACAUUAAUCCCUCCACAGAAGGCAGCAGGAGAGCGGGGAGGCUCUAUGAUAUCUGCCUCUUUCAAUUUCAUCAACUCCAUCAUAGGAUCUGGAAUUAUAGGUUUACCGUACGCGUUGAACCAGGCAGGGCUGCCCCUGGGCCUUCUGCUCCUGAUAGUUGUUGCCUUCAUCACAGACUACUCCAUAAUCCUGCUAAUUAAAGGAGGCAACCUGUCAGGGACAAACAGUUACCAGUCGCUGGUGCAGAGCACGUUCGGCUUCCCUGGAUUUCUGAUUUUAUCUGGACUGCAGUUCCUUUAUCCAUUUAUUGCUAUGAUCAGCUACAACAUCACAACCGGUGACACGCUGACCAAAGUGUUUCAGAGAAUACCAGGAGUUGGUCCGGAUCACAUACUCGCAGAGCGCCACUUUGUGAUCCUGCUCACGACCGUCGCCUUCACGCUGCCUCUCUCGCUGUACCGGAACAUAGAGAGACUUGGGAAGGUGUCCUUCCUGUCAAUGGUGCUGACACUCACCAUCCUCAUCAUUGUAAUCAUCAGAGCAGCUACGUUUGGACCCCAAAUCGUCCCUACAGAGAAUGCAUGGGCUUUUGCGAAGUGGAAUGCAGUCCAGGCAGCGGGUAUAAUGUCUUUUGCCUUUAUUUGCCACCACAACAGCUUUCUGAUCUACGGCUCCCUGCGGCAGCCCACGCUAGCCAACUGGUCUCGGGUCACUCACGUGUCUGUCGGCUCCGCACUGAUAAUCAGCGCUGCAUUCGCUGUCGCCGGCUACACCACCUUCACUGGCUACACACAAGGGGACAUAUUCGAGAACUACUGCAGAAAUGAUAACCUGGCGACAUUCGGACGCUUCUGUUUUGGCCUCAGCAUAAUAACCACAUUUCCACUGGAGUGUUUUGUUACACGAGAGGUGCUAUCCAACGUCAUUUGCAAGAGGGAUCUUUCAAAAACUGAACAUGUGGCCAUGACGCUGCUCAUAGUCGCAGUCUGCACGUCGAUGUCUCUGGCCUUCGACUGCCUGGGAGUUGUCCUGGAGCUGAAUGGCGUUCUGAGCGCCACACCUCUGAUCUUCAUCAUCCCGUCCGCGUGCUUCCUCAAGCUCUCCACCGGCCGCUGGUUCCAGGGGGAAAACUUGAUAUCGGCCGUCCUGAUAUCCGUCGGCUUGUUUGUCAUGAUCACCGGUCUGAUCAUGACCAGCCUCUACCCCCAAGACUGUUCGCACGGCGCAGAGAUGUUCUACUGUGCGGACGCCAACGUCUCUGCCACUGUACCACCCGAAUGAAAUGAACAGUUUUCAAUCUUCUAUUGUAUAUCACUGUUGUGAUAUGGAACUGUACUGUAUGUUGUAUUUGGAUAUAGUUAUAUCAUGAUAUGGCGUAAGUGAGGUGUUUGCCUGGAUUUAAAGGCUGCAUUACAGUAAAGUGAUGCCAUUUCCUCAGCUUACCAGGCUGUUCCACUUGUUCUAAGCUGCGCCUUUAACCACUUAGUCAUUAUAUCCACAUUAGUGACGCUUAUUUAUCAAAAAUGUAUAUUAUUACAAUAUUGAUAAGGAGGUAUUUGGUCAAAAACACUGUGAUAUUUGAUUUGAUUUAAAAAUAUUAAGGUACAUAUAUUUAAAUGGUGUAUUGUAUUUUUAAAGCCAUAUCACCCAGUCCUCCCUCAGGCUGUACUCAUAUUAGCUUUUAAUUAAGGGAAAUCUUAAUGUUACACGAUGCAGUGAUAUUUUUGGAAAAUAGUAUGUUUCCAACUUUGUGGCGACAGAUAGAUCGGAGAAGAUAUUUUGUCCUGUCAGCAUGACGGUGUCCCCGUGCACAAAGCGAUAAAUGUCUUAUUGAGUUUGGAGUGGCAGGACUUGACUCUCCAGAUAUCAAAACCUUUGAGAGAGUGGUGGACUGUAAUGCAAUAUAUUUACUCAGCACCAAACCAAAAUGCAGAUUCCAGGUACUUGUAUUUUACUUGACUGUUUCCAUCUUACGCAGCUUUAAACUUUCAUUCCACCAUAUCUGAGAGAGAGAAAUAUUGUACCUUCCACUCCACCAACUGUGUCUGACAGCUUUAGUCACUGGUUACUUUUGCGUUCAUACCUUAUUUGUAUCUCCAGAUGUGCUGAUUUUCAAUGUUUGUGUUAAAUUGACGGAUUAAGUUUUCAUUCCCGAGGUGAGAGAAUCCUCCUCCUUCUGAGACGAAAUAAACUAUUUUAAAACCCGCCUGGAUCAGCUGGAAAAUGCGUUGCGGCAAAGCUCUUCUGACAACACGAAGACUUCACCCCCUGGAAAUCUGUGGCGCUCACAUGAUACUGACGCCACAAACAUAUCUUGUGAUGCUGCAGUUUAAACUACCUCACAGUGUGCAGAGUCAAGCUGAAAACACAUACAGCAGUCGAGUAAAACAAACACAUUAAUGCAGCAGUGAUAUUAAUCAAA